UAGUUGGUGUGAAACAUAAAUUCUAUUAUUGAACUUUAAUUUGUAUUUUGGUUGUAUUAUAAUCACAUACAAUACACUGUUUUAUUUUGUAAUAUCCUCCUUCUCUCAUGUGUCUUGUAGUUUUACUUCCUGUCUUUGAUUUUCCCACCAGUUUGAAUUGUUUUCCCCACCCUGAUUAGUUUCACCUGUGUCUCAUUGUCUGCCCUCACCUGAGGAGUAUUUAGUCUAUGUGCUUCCCUUGUCUCUUUGUCAGAUCGUCAUUGUAUCGAUGUCAAGCGCCCCAGAGUAUUCUGUAUACUUUGUUUGUCUUGGACCUCACUUUUGGAUUAUUGCUUACCCUCCUUGGACUUGUUUGCUUUUCUAUGUUGGUGUCAAAGUUUUAAAUCAUUAGUAUGUAACUUGUUAGGUCUUACUGUUGUUUGUCAGAGCAGACACUAGGAGUUAGAGGGGUCUAGUUAAUGUCUGACUUCAAUGAAACGAGAUGUUUAAAAGUUGAUCCACCUGCCACAAGCUUCCUCUACACGAUGAGUCCCUUAGUUUUUUUGUUUGUUUUUUUGUGCGACAAAAUAUGAAGCAGGCUAAAUAUCUGGACGUGUCAGGGAGCCAUGCAACGAGCUACAGUCAAUGAGAGCACACAUGGGCUCGGCUGUCAUCUGCAGCAGCUCUCUGAAAUAGCUGUAGUUAUCUGGUAGACUUUUUAGGUAAUCCAGUAAAAAGGGAAUUACAAUAGUCUAAACGGCUAGUAAUAAAAGGUUGACUGUGUAUUUCAGCAUCUUUCUGAGUUAAAAAAGGUCUGAUGAUAUUCCUAAAAUGGGGGAAAAAAUGACUUGCAUAUACAUCUUCUGCAGAAAGGACAGAUGCUGUGACAAAGGUGUAAAUGACUAUUAAUACUAUACGUCAAACUAGAGAAAUCUGCGACACUUGGAGGAGGGUUGAGACACCGCUUCACCGCCGUUUGCAAAUCUGCUCUAAGUACUAGAACCCCCAACCAUCAUGUUUGAAAGACGAUGUGACUGAGAAAGAUGACUUCAAUCAUGAUGUCAUUCUCCCAUUAUUCCUGUCCAUGAGGUGAUUAAUACUUCCACUAGAUGUGGUUAAAACAGCGCUAUUCCCGAGAACAGUUAGAACUGAAGAAAUCCAUCAGAGGAGUGGCAAAACAUGUUCAAUUAAAACGCAUGUCCAUAUCAGACCAGACUGUAAUUUCUUCAGUAGCAAGCCAGCAAUGACUAUACACAAGCAUGAAUAUAGGCUCAUAUUCCUGCUGCACUGUUUUCUGGCUUAACCUCAUCUCUAUUAAUCAUGAUUUCAAUUUUAAUGCAUGUAAUGUAGCUUCGUCAUAAUAAUAAAAAAAUACAAAAUGUAUGUGCAGUGCCUACAUACAUAUAGUAUUUCAACAGAUAUGUCCUUCCAUAGGGUUAACAUAAUUGAUUUUGUAUCUAGAGAACUUGUCAUUUUUCUUCAAGGACAAUGUUUUCCCACUCCUGCUGUCAUCAUAUCCAAGCAUAAAGCAAGACAUGUGCAGGGCAUGAUGGUUUCGAACAGACAGCCACCUGAGAAAUUUCACAAGCAUUUGCCCCGUUCUGCUGGGAAUCACCUUGAACUGCCAGUCUCCAGUUACCAUUUUCUGUGAAAUACAGAAACUAUACUUAGCAUGUCAUCUUCUCUUAUCACAGUAUAAAUAUCUGCUAAAGUGCCAUCAGGGCAUUUUAAGGUGGAAAGCUGAAAGCAGCAUCUUUCAUGCUGUGCUUCUCAGUCAGAUAAGCCCAUCUCUUUAAACCACACCUCCAGCUGACUCUACAUUUUUUUUCAGUGGCAGCCUCACACAAAAAGGGCUAAGAGAUUCAUUGAGACAGGGUCUCAGAAGGGGACUGUUGAAUUUGACAGAUCACAAUGAGAAGGGGAAUCGGUGCCUGAGAAGAGAAGAUUCUGGGUCAGAGGCUGCUACAACCACCUCCACAAAGAAUGAUUUAACUUUGUGAUGCCUGCCUGGAAACACCUUUAAAUCUUAUCCAAGAAAACAUGUCUACAAAUUCAACAAUUGACCACUGCAAAGCACCCAUUCCAGUCACAUAUGAAACCCUCUCCUGGCUGAUGACUGGAGAGUUCAUGCUGGGUCUGCCUCUCAACCUGUCGGUCCUCUACAUUUUCAUCUUCAGGUUCAAGUUCUGGAAGAACAAAAGUAUCUUCCUGUUCAAUAUUGUGGUUGCUGAUUUCUUGCUGGUGGCCUGUCUUCCUGCCAAGGCCUACCACUACCAUCAUGGCUUUCGGCACAGCAAGAAUCCUGUGGUGUGUAAGACGAUGCUCUUCAUGCUGUUUCUCAACAGAGGAGCCAGUAUUGCCUUCCUCAUCACUCUGUCCAUCGAUCGCUACUUCAAUGUGGUACAUCUUGGAAGGAGGAAUUUUGUCAAAGUGCUGAAGAAAUCUCCUCAAAUCUCCAUCUUCAUCUGGCUUCUCUUGCUGCCCCUCACCAUCCCCACUAUGGUCGCGACCUUUGAGUGCUGUAACAGCCAUGGCCGUGAAGUUGAGACUUAUUAUCACGAUGUGACAGACACCUUCAGAGAGGUCGUCUUCUUCAGUCAGAUCAUCAUCCCCUUCAUCAUCCUUGUCUACUGCACAGUGCGCAUUGUCAACCGGCUGAGGAAGAAAACUAUAGGGGGAAAGACCAAACUGAGGAGAGCUGUGUGGGUGGUCAUGUCUGUUGUCGUUGUUUUCUCCAUCUGCUUCCUGCCUAGCACUAUAGCCAGAGCGGUGCUGCUGAGCGUCAGGCUGAAAAAAUGGCAGGCUGCAGAGGACGUAGUGGUUCAGGUUUACGACAGCCUCAUGGUUUUGUCUUACAUUGACUGUAUGCUGGACCCACUGGUAUACUGCUUCUGUAACUCAGGGUUUAAAGAUGCUUACAUAGCCACCUUCUGUCCUACAUUUCUUCGGAAGAGAUUGCUAAAUUCUGACUUUGGCAUGGGAACUACAACUACAACUUCUGGAACUAGAACCAUUUCUUUGCCGAUAGUAGAUUCAGGGUAUAUUUAGGAAUCCUGAAGUUACAUUCAAUACCUACCUAAGACCCUUUCCAUUCAUUUUAAGACCUCAUCACCACUUCGAGUUGAAUGAAUUGAGUGACUAACCCAAUGCAAGAUUUAUUGGAAAGAGUAAUAUCUGUAAUCAGGCAUGUGAUUGGCAAAGGACAAAAAAGCAGGAAAAUACACAAAGCGCAGAGCAUGGUGUGGUGCUGUGGUUGCGGUGGGAGAGUUGUGUGGUUGUGGGAUUUGGGGGUCCUCCCCCAAGAAAAUCUGAUGUUAUCUGACAAAAAACUAUGUAUUUUCUCAUAAUUUUAGACUAUAAUCAAUACAAUAUUUCUUUUUUUGUUUUAAGUGUAACAAAUAUGCUCAUUGAUGAAGCGCGAUGUCCUGAAGUUAUCCUUCUCAUGUUUGUGAGUGAUUGCACUGUGUGCCAUAAAAAACAAUAAUCACAAAAUAACAUUGGUUAAACAAGGUUUCUAGUGAAACCCAAAGUCAGGGUGAAGCCACUAACCAGCUGUAGGGGUGGGUAUCGUAAGGAUUGUAUCUUUAUCUUAUCCCUACUCUUAUCAGCCUGGUUCUUUAUCAAUACUUUUUAAAAUUAUUAUUAUUAUUUUUUUUUUUAAGUUUUUUUUUUAAAACCAUUGUGAACAGAAUUAGAACUGAUUUAUAUUAUAAAUAUAACUAAAUAUUGUUUCUAGAGCAGCAACAACACAGUAUGGUUCACCGCUCCCUGCAAAUAAAUCACCAAAAAUAGGUGCAACAAAAGAAAGCAGUCAGAGAAGAAGUAGUCAGGGAGGUGUCAGUCAAGCACAGUCUGUACACGUACAUACAGCCGUGUGAAGAGGGUUACACCAGUGUGGGUGUACACGGCUUGAAGUGGAUUAACAGGGACGUGUAUAAAAUUGAGAUACUGGUCCACUCAUAUGGCUUCAUAUUAUGUGGCUGCCACCUGAUCUAAUGUAACAGUAUGCAAAAUCAUAACACAAUGUGUUGGAUGUAAAUUUACUUUUCAGCUGCAUGCUUUAAAUAUUACAAUUUAAAUAUAUAUUAUAUUAUUAUUUAAUGCAUUAAGGCAUUUUAAUUUAUUAGGAUUUAUUUAAAAUCUGGUGUUAAGGCACUGAUAUGAUAUGAUAUGGCAUUUCCCUUGUGAUUGCAUUUUACUGCAUAUGAUGGCCUCUGAAAUAACUACAAAGUACAAGUACAAUGUAGAAAAACCCAACAUACUGUACAGAAACUUGUUAAAGGCUGCUGUACUGUGCGUUUACCCUUAAAGUGUUUGCAUAGCUCGUAUUCAUCACUCAGGAAACUCUGUAUCUCUGUGUUCAUCAUCAGUUCCUCAAACCAGCUGGACCUGUCCUCACUGGGGUUUACCUUUAAGUUUACCAACAUACUGUGAACUCCACCAUGUUUUCUAACAUUACUCAGAAAUGUACAUUCAUGUUUCAAUACCUCACAGUUGCUAUACUAUAUAUAAUUGCUACAACAGAAACGUGGAAGGCUGUUUUAAACUUUACUCAUUCACACUGUAUACAAUUUUGUGGUGCUGAUUAUAAAAAUUGAAUUAUUUGUAUAAAACUGAAGUACUGACUGAAGAUCUUUGUAUACUGCUGCUGUAAAUAUACAGAACACAGGUGAUACAGUUAAUACAACUGCACUACAGUAGUUUUACAGCUUUAAGAUUCUCCAAGAAAACAGUGUUGUCUUUUCUUAUCAAAGCAUUACCACAAGAUGGAGACCACUGAUACAUGCACGCUGAGCAAUGCACCAAUAUGCAAAGCUUUAUAUGUAAAACCACCUUCCUCUUUUCCUAAUGGUGCAACAUUAUCCCAAAAAAAGUACAAAAAGCAAUACCCCUAUACCCCUGUUGUACCCUCCUACAUCAUUGCAACGUGCAAAUGUUGACGUUGCUGAUCGGCCUCUUCAGGCUCCAUUUUCCACCCCUUAGGAGCUACAGUUUGUUCAGGUUGUACAUGUGCUAACUGGAGCAGCACACUGAGACCCUGUGUAUAGAUGCAUUAGCCCCUCAUUUGGACAAAAUAAAUUUCAAUCAUGUUUCGAACAUUUUGAGGUGUGCACCCUUUGCUCUGGGCAGGCUGUGUGGGUGUUGGCUGUCAAGUUGAGGCUCAGAGCAGGAAUAUCAUAGCAGCAGCAACAAUAACAACCGAGAAAAUAAGUAUGAAAACAAAAACACACAAACCCUAAACCAGACCUGGAAAAGCAAUGAACAUCAGUGUUAUUGUUGCUUCCUUCUUUGCAGAUUGGAUCCAUGCCCUGUCUGCUUUUUUAAAGCCUGUAAUGGCUUAAUGUCUCAGACUGAAAGCCGUUUUAAGGAAUUUAGCUGAUUUUAGUGUUGAGUUGAAAACUUGACAAAUUCAGGGGAAGGAGAGAAAGAGUAACAUUACACUUCAUGUUGUAAUUUUAAUCAAACUUUUCUACCUUCAUUAUAGGGAUCUCCUAAACUGAAUCUGCUGUGUGCUGCUUAGGUUUGAGUUUGUUGGAAAUUUGCUGUAGAAAAACGCUUAAUUUCAAUGCUGAAAAAGUGAGUUUUCACUGGAUGUAGUAAUAUUUCGAUUUGAUUCGAUUUUGAUUCACAAAAGUCCAGAAUUGAUUUAUUUUGUUUCGUUUCGAUUUGAUUUGAUUCUUGUUGAUUCAGUUACAUCAGAUAAAUAUCAAUGUUGCCAAAAGCACUUCUCAGAAUUCAUCCUGGGAACUUACAUUUCUUCUACAUUCAUAAAGUGAGCAACACUGUUGUUUACUUGAAUAUAAAACUGUCUAAAAUACACAUUCUAGGCUAAAUUGUAAACACAUUUGCUGGUUAUAAAACUGCGGGCCAAGAAUUUGUUUUAUUUGGCAAAUGCAAAACAACUAAAACAAAACAUCUACGUUUUUAGGCUUACAUGUGCAAAACUGAAUAUUAAAGGACUGCACCAUUUGCAAGGGCAUCAACAUUAUGCAUAUUUACAAAAAUAAAUGCAUACAUACAGCUACGCAUGGACUGUCAGUACCAGAUGAUCUAACUAAGUACAACUAGCUAAAAUGCAAGGAUCGAUCUUGGGAUUUUAAGAAUCAAUAUUGGAUCGUUCAAAUAAAGUUAAUCAGGAAAUCGAUUAUUUUUUUCCAGCCUUAACAGCAGUCUGUACUGUUCAAC